AAUGGGUUACAUAUUGAUGGUUAUAGCUCAGGAGAAAUCACUCAAAGGUAGGAAUUAGUCGUUAAAAUGUGGGCCUACUUGGUGCUCGCUCUGGCCCUUGCUGUUACUGCAACAGAUAUUAAAAAUGACACAGCGGUUGAAGAAAAGCUUGUGAUAGCCAGAGGGAAACUGAUGGCUCCCAGUGUGGUCGGAUGAGGCAUAAAGAAAAUGCCAGAGCUCCAUCAUUUCCUCCUGGAGCGCUCGGCUUUAUACCACAAUUUGGAGUACGAUUCAUCGGAGGAGAAGAAUCCCCGUCUGAUCUUCUAUAAUGAAAAAGAUGAGGUGGUAAAGACUGUUCCAGUGAAGAAGAUGAAGGCAGACGAGAUCAGCAGCCUGUUAGAAUCACUCGGUUUCUACAAGAGGUCCCAGAAAGGGGAAGAGGUGCCAGAGGAGUUCCAGCACUUUCCCCUGCGUGCUAUCAAGGACGAGCUGUGAUGACACCCUGUGGCCAAACAUCGCUACUGCACCAAGGCCGCAUUAAUGACGAGUGGCGCUCCAAGGCCUUGACAUGAAGCCAGGCACCAUUCUGAAGAGUCGCUGGCCGUGUGCAGCGUGCAGUGUUAGUCAUUGCUGUGUCACUGUGUUCACAUGCUAGAUUAGAAUUAAAAGGCUGUAAAAUACAAAUAAAAUGAUAAUGACUGUGUGGAUUAA